UUACUAAUAAAACCUUAUCUUCUCUGCAGUUUCUCUCUCUCUGUUUCUCACUCUCUCUCUCUCCUCAGCAAAUCUAAGCUUUGUUAAUGUGGCUUCAGAUCUGAAGUUUCACGAGCACUGAUCCGAGCGCCAAGGAGUUCAUCUCUGGAAUUACCUGUGUCCCACCUUUUGCACCGUACAAUGGCGUACUCGUUCCCGGAGGAAGUGUUGGAGCACGUCUUCUCGUUUCUGAGCUCCGACAAGGACCGGAACGCGGUGUCGCUGGUGUGCAAGUCGUGGUUCGAGAUCGAGAGGUGGUGCCGGAGGAGGAUAUUCGUCGGGAACUGCUACGCCGUGAGCCCUAGCAUCAUGAUCCGCCGCUUCCCGGAGGUCCGAUCGCUGGAGCUCAAGGGGAAGCCUCAUUUCGCGGACUUCAAUCUGGUUCCGGAGAACUGGGGCGGCUUCGUCUUCCCCUGGGUUGUCGCCAUGUCCCGCGCGUACCCUUGGCUCGAGGAGAUUAGGCUCAAGAGAAUGGUCGUCACGGACGAGACCUUGGAGCUCAUCGCCAGGUCCUUUAAGAACUUCAAGGUCCUCGUCUUUGCGUUUUGCGAGGGGUUCACUACGGAUGGACUCGCCGCCAUAACCGCCAAUUGCAGGAAUUUGAAGGAACUAAACCUGCGGGAGUGUGAUGUGGAGGACCUAAGUGGGUAUUGGCUUAGUCAUAUCUCUGAGAACUGCACGUCGCUCGUGUCUCUUGACAUAACUUGCUUGAGCUGUGAGGUGAGCUUCUCAGCUCUGGAGCGAUUGGUUUCCAGGUGUCCUAAUCUAAGGACGCUUCGCCUCAACCGUGCCCUCCCACUAGAGAAGCUUCACAUCCUUCUUCGCCGUGCUCCCCAGUUGGUUGAGUUGGGCACAGGUGCCCUCUCGGCUGAGGUCCGUUCCGAUACAUUUUCCAACCUGGCAGAUGCUUUUUCAGGCUGUAAACAACUUAAGGGUUUGUCUGGGUUUUGGGACGUGACUCCUGCUUACCUUCCAGCAAUAUAUCCAGUCUGCUAUGGAAUUACGUCUUUGAAUUUAAGCUAUGCUACUAUUCAAAGCCCGGAUCUUUUCAAGUUUGUAAGCCAGUGUCACAACUUGCAGCGGCUAUGGGUACUGGAUUACAUUGAAGAUAUUGGUCUAGAGGCUAUUGCUGCGUCUUGUAAGGAUCUUCAAGAACUCAGAGUUUUCCCAUCUGACCCUUUUGGAGCGGAUCCGAAUGUAAUUUUGACAGAGCAGGGUCUUGUAGCUGUCUCCGAGGGCUGCCCCAAGCUGCAGUCAGUAUUAUACUUUUGCCGCCAAAUGACAAAUGCAGCACUAGAUGCGAUUGCUCGGAACCGCCCUAAUAUGAUCCGGUUCCGUCUCUGCAUUAUAGAGCCUCGAGCUCCUGAUUAUCUUACCCUAGAACCUCUAGAUACUGGUUUUGGGGCCAUUGUACAACACUGCAAAGAUUUGCGGCGGCUUUCCCUCUCUGGUCUGCUCACUAAUAGGGUGUUUGAGUACAUCGGGAGUCAUGCUAAGAAAUUAGAGAUGCUCUCUAUAGCUUUUGCCGGGGAUAAUGAUCUGGGCCUCCAUUACGUGCUAUCAGGGUGUGAAAGCCUGCGGAAGUUGGAGAUCAGAGACUGCCCUUUCGGGGAUAAGGCUCUCUUGGCCAAUGCUGCAAAGCUGGAGAAAAUGCGAUCCCUUUGGAUGUCUUCUUGCUCAGUAAGUUUUAGAGCAUGUAAGCUCUUAGGCCAAAAGAUGCCUAGGCUUAACGUCGAAGUUAUAGAUGAGAGGGGCCCUCCAAAUUCAAGGCCAGAAGAUGACCCUGUCGAGAAACUCUACAUUUACCGAACAGUUGCAGGUCCAAGGUUCGAUACGCCUGGAUUUGUUUGGACAAUGCACGAAGACGCAGCAUUGAGGUUUUCUUAAGGUUCACAUAACAAUGAAACAUUAAGUGACACAUUCUGUGGUUGAAGAGAACGAGGACUCGAGGAGUAGAGGGUUGCCUCCAUGGCUGAAGAGUACGGGGCAGGGCCAGCAGGCGGGAGGGAGGUUGAAGCUGCUGAAUGAACGACGGGGAGGCUAUAGAGUUCUAAUGCCAGUUUGUUUUGUACUCGAGCUGAGCUAGUCUUAAGGCACUUAUUAACUACAAAGUAAUAAAGAUUCAAGACAAUUAUUUCUGUGUUUGUAUCAGUUAGAGUUACUCUCAUUUUCCUCGGCACAUUCACCAUUGUAACUAUCGCAGACUUCUGCAUAUCUUUAUGUAUCUGUUUGUUGGUUUGCAUUGAUGAAUAUUCUUCAGCUGGA